UGGGAAACGAAGCCAUCAAUUACAUUACCUGUACUUCUGAACCCCUGCUUUCUCCAGACAAAUCCGAAUGACUUAUCACCAACAUCCAAUUUCCCCUUCUGCUCUCGGGGUCCAUUUUCUCCUCUCUCUGGUUGGAUUGAUGAAACUGUUCUGUUUGCUCUUGUGCGAAUUCGAGGAUCUCGUUGUCAGAGUCAAGCAAUUGCACAAGUGCGAUGAUGGCAUUGCUCAGAUGAUGGCGCGGACGCUAUCUGGUCGGAUACCUUGUGCAAUCAAUUGCUGAGGCGGUAAAAUGGAGCAAGAUGUGGAUCGAGUCCUUGAGAAGUUGUGGCUGUGAUUGUGGUUACGGUUGUGGUUGGGUUGCAGUUGCUGGUACGUUUCAAGCACGCUUGCCCAGGUUGCGCUGCUCCUUGAUCAUGAUGUUGACAAUGAGUUUAAUAAUUCCUCAAGUGCUGUACUCCCUCUCAAGCCGGUCCCUGGCAGCCAAUCC